GCCAGAAUCUGGCUUCUACCCCCAUCAAUUGGAGGCGAAAGAAGCCAAAUUCUUUCAUUCGUUUAUUCUUGAUCUGAACUUGGGGUUUUAUUUUAUCCUCUUCUUCCCUAACAUCGUCUUUGUACUUUCUUCAGCGCUAUUUUAGAUAAUUUCACACAUAUUUGGAAUAUCAUACAUUAGUGGAGGCUCCUAUCAAAAAUUAUGUCAAUUUAUGUGGACGAAACAGAUCCGGGUGAAGAUCCAGAGCCUGAUUUUGAAGCCAGAACAAUUAUUGUAAAAAAAGGUAAAGAUGUAAAGACAGAAUAUACAUUAAAUCAAGAGCUAGGAAGGGGAAAAUUUGGAACUGUGCAUCGGUGCACUGAAAAGAAAAGCGGAAAAGUAUUUGCAGCAAAAUUUAUAACAACAAUGAAAGCUCAAGAUCGUUUAGAUGUAGAAAGAGAGGUAGAAAUAAUGACAGUUUUACAACACCCACGAUUGCUACAACUUUAUGAUGCUUUUGAUGAUGGGAAAAAGUCAAUGUGUCUCAUUUUGGAAAUUAUAGAAGGAGGCGAACUCUUCGAAAGGGUCAUUGAUGAAGAUUUUGUUCUAACUGAAAAAGCAGUUACAAUAUUUAUGAGACAAAUAUGUGAAGGAGUUCAAUACAUGCAUUCAAAAAACAUACUUCAUCUCGAUAUGAAGCCAGAAAAUGUGCUUUGUAUCAGUCGAACAGGAAAUAGAAUCAAACUUAUUGAUUUUGGCUUAGCUAGAAAGUACGAUCCAAAGAAGAAAUUGAAAGUACUAUUUGGUACACCAGAAUUUGUUGCACCAGAAGUGGUUUGUUUUGAAAAUAUUGGUUACCAAACUGAUAUGUGGAGCGUUGGCGUUAUUUGUUAUGUUCUAUUGUCCGGAUUAUCUCCUUUUAUGGGAGAUAGUGACAUGGAGACCAUGGCAAAUGUUACAAGAGCAGAAUGGGAUUUUGAAGAUGAAAGCUUUGAUGAUAUUUCUGAAGAUGCUAAGGAUUUUAUUUCUAAGUUACUUGUAAAAGAAAGAUUGAAACGUUUAGAUUCAACGCAAGCACUGCAACAUACUUGGUUAAGGCGAGAUAAAAAGAAACAAGAAACUACGAUUGAUAAGAAAAAACUAAAGCGGUUCGUGAUCAGAAGACGAUGGCAGAAAGCAGUGAAUGCACUUAUAGCUCUUAUAAGAAUGGGGGCAACCAUUUAAAAAACUCAAAGUAUUGCAUCAAAAGAAUGCAUUCCCCACCUUGUGAUGAUGUACAGUGCAUUUUACAAGACCUUGCUUUUGUUACUCCCACCCUUUCAAGAGAAGAAUCUGUAUUUUAUAAUCAUGUCUUCUUGAGGAAAACUACUUUUACACCAAAUAAAUCCUAAAAAUAUUAGUUCUAAUGGAUUUAAACUUGUUCUCUUAGUCCAAAAGAGUCUCUAGAUGAAAAUAAUCUCUUGUAAAACUUUUAUUGUUUUCGAAAAUCUUUUAAGACCACUAAAUAAAGUAUCAAAACGUGGGUUGCCAUUUCAUUUGGAUAGUUUUUACACAUUUAUGUAGUGUGCUUUAAUAUUUGUUGUUUCAUAUUCAAAAGAAUGUAAUUGUAUGAAAGCGAUAACUCUAGUCUGUGUUUAUUGUUUGUCUCUUAUUUUUUUUAAAAUUUUUGUUGUUAUUUCUUGAAAAUAAACAUAUCCCAGAAAAUG